UUGAUGUUUUUAUUUGCUUUUGUUAAAUCAGUUUUCAUGUCCUUGUUUGUCUCUAAUGUUGCUGUCUGCUUUUGUGGCAUUCGAUCCUCCCUCCAUAGUUGAUAUUUAUUUGUUUGUUUAAGAUGCUCUUUUUUUUUCAAGAUUAGAUCCAUUUACAAACGUUGAUUGUGUGUGUUAGGUUAGUGUUUAACCUGUUGAGUUUAGGUUUGUGUUUGAGAGCUUAAAAGAUGUUUUUAUCAAAGUUGUGGGGUCUUACUCAUCACAAAUCUGCAGUCUCCAUGCCUAACUUACCAUCGUUUUGUCUUAUGGAACUAUGGAAGUGGAGUUUUAAAAUGUCAAUGGGACGAUGUCCGUAUUAUAGCUUAAAAUGUCAAUGGGACGAUAGUGUUACACUCGCCUACACACCAUCUCCACCCACACCAACCAAAGCUCCGCUCAGCUCAGCUACAAAUAGAAAUCAAGUUAAGACAAAUUUAAUCAACUGGCUAGGAUAGAUACAACUGGCUAUUAUCAUAUGAUCAGAAUACUAGAAAACCAAUGUAUGAUUCUCAUUACUAUGAUUUCUAUUUGUCUGCAUUUACAAAUAACUUGGGUUAUAUAUACUAUAUAGUAUAUGCAGUGGUACCGUAGGUGUCUUUGGGAUGAUAUAACAUUUUGUAUUUUAAAUAGAGUUUAUGUGCUUGUUUCAAGUUUAUUAAUGCUUUUGCGACUGCCUUUGAAUAUGUAUAUCAUGUAUAUUUCACAUUUUGUUGUUGACAAUUUGUAACCAUAACUAAGUACAUUUCAAACAGAGAUAUAUCAACCAUGGAUAUACAAAGAAUAUUAAAACUUACUAGUCAUAAAUAUUUUCCCAUUUUCUUCUCUGCAAAGUAAUACCCUCAAGAAAAUUGAAUCAGAGAUAACUCAAACAGAUAGAAUAGAAUAUAGAAAUAAAGCAUAUAUCUUUUUCUUGUUGAAUGAGAGAACCAUAUUUUUGUUUGUGGUUUCUGAAAGAAAGCAUAUUUUCAGGUUUUCAGAAAUAAUCUUAACCUCAAUCAUAGUCAAUCUUAUACUUGUCUCUACAAAAAAGCAAUCUUAUUCGUAUUCUUUUAUAGGAGAGGUGAUCAUAGGCCAUUACCGUAUUUCGAAGGCAGAACGUGAUUCUUUGUUUAUCUGCAAAGAUAAGUUCUUAAAAAAUUCUUCUCGAUGUUAACACUUAUUAUAAGUCAACAAAUACACAUAAAAUGAGGUCUUCCGAUUCCUAUUUUUUUCACCUCAUCUACCAACCUUCUUUAAUUCGCAUACAUAUUGAUUCACACAUGGAUACAACGACAACAAUAUAUAAACCACACAUUCACGAGCAUCCCCUUUCCUAUUCAGCUCGGUUUACUAUUGAUGGAUCAUAUUCACAUAGAUGCAGUGGCUGCCAGACAACUGACAAUAUGUACGGUGUUUAUUUCUGCAAUAAAUUUGGCUGUUCGAUUUGGUUACAUAAAGAAUGUACGGAAGCUCCAUUGGAGAUCAACCAUCCUUCCCACCCCCAGCAUCCUCUCAUGCUCAACAAUUAUGAUGACUCGUCAGAUCAAUGUGUUUUGUGUAGGGGACAUCUACCGCCUCUGCGUUAUACUUGCUUUACAUGUAAAAUCACGGUGGAUAUAGCUUGUGGGAUGAAUCCAUGGCCACAAGUUAUCGAACAUCCCUUGUGUCAUAGCCAUCCACUUAUCGUCAAUGGAUACGAGGUGUCAGCUUCUUGUGGGGUAUGUAAGGAGUCUAAUUAUGGACUGUUCUAUUUAUGUAUUGAAUGCAAUGUAUACUUCCACGUGGAAUGCGUCCGUUUCUCACAAGAGGUAAAUCAUCCUUGUCAUUCGAAUCAUCCUCUCAAGUUAAUCGCUUUUGAUGCACUUACUGAUGAUGCCGAGAAGACUUGUAUUUUAUGUGCAAACUACCCAAGAAAUGUAUGUUAUCAUUGUUUCAUUUGUGAUUUUACCUCUUGCCUUCGCUGCACCAGAAGACCACCUCCCCUUGUUGUUGAGGAUAUGAAAACCCACCAACAUCAACUUAUUCGCAUAUCUAAGAGAAUCUUAUAUGCUUGUGAUGUUUGUGGGCUGAAACGCGACACAAAAUACUAUCAUGGAUCAUAUAUAUGUCACCAGUGUGAUUUUGUUGUCCAUGGAAUGUGUAUUGGCUUGCCCCGUGUCAUCAGCAUCAAUCGUCAUGAUCACCGCAUUUCUUUCACUUAUCAUAUUGGUCCUGAUUAUUCAAAAUGUGGAGUUUGUCACCGAAGUAUAAGCCAACACCAUGGGGCUUAUUCUUGCUUUGUUUGCCCAAACUAUGCAGUUCAUUCCAGAUGUGCAAUAGAGCGUGAUGUAUGGGAUGGUGUAGAGUUAGAAGGGAUUCCAUAUGUUAUAGAAGAUGUGACACCAUACAAGGUGGUGAGUGAUGGCUUGAUCAGUCAUGUUAGUCAUGUCGAACACCCUUUAAAGUUACACAAGGGCAAUAUCCUUUAUGAGUGGAUAAGAUGUGAAGCAUGUAGAGAUCCGGUUGGAUUUGACUCCGUCUUUGUUUGUGAGAAAUGUUGCUUCCUUCUUCAUCAAAAAUGUGCUAAUCUUCCCAUGAAGAAAAAAUUUAUCGUGGACACUGAGUUAUACAAGUUGGAAGUUGACAAACUUAGAGUUGCAAGCUAUUGCUCGGAGUGUGCAACAUUAUCUGAUGGGUUCAAGUAUUCAAGUCAUGAUGAAAAUAGGAAAGUAGACGUUCGGUGUUUUUCCCUUUCUGAGCCAUUUGUCCAUGCUGGCCAUUCACAUCUACUAUAUUUUAGAAAGGCAUAUUACAGGAGGUCCAUAUGUGAUGCAUGCAUGAAAAUGAGUAAUUCUCGUUUUACGCUCGACUGUGAAGAUUGCCGGUUCAAUUUGUGUUUUUUUUGUGCUACUUUGCCUUUAAGGACAUGGCAUAGGACGGAUGAGCAUCCUCUCAUUUUAUGUUGUGACAAAAAAGCGGGUGGUCAAAGCUGGUGUGACAUUUGUGAAAGACAACUAAAUCCAAUGUUAUGGUUUUAUACAUGUUCUAGCUGCGAAGUCGCCAUACAUGCUGAAUGUGUAAUAGGAGAUAUCUCACGUAUUAAUCCAGGAAGCACCAUUGAAUUUGGGGGGCCUGAACUUGGGUGGAGGAAUAAAAUCUUUGAAGUUGUUCCUAACAAUCAAAGCACUCGGCCAUUAUGCACUAAAUGCCGUUCUCGAUGCAAGUUCUCUAUCUUCUUAAAGGAGAAGAAUAAAGCCAGUAGGUACUUCUGUUCAAGUAAUUGUGUGUAUUUUUAUUUUAAUUAGACAUUUAUUGAUGAGUGCUUUUUUCAUGAUUGUAUUGUUUUAUUCGUGUUUCUAUAACUAAUGUCACGGACGUAUUUCUAUAAACCUGAAAUGUAAUAAGAGUGAAUUUCUUUUCUAUUAAGGUGAUGAUUGUUUGUUUGA